CUGACGUUUACUGUCAGUCGGGUUGAAACUACAAUGCGAAUAUAGUUCAAUUUUCUCUGGAGGUUUUUUUGUCUUGUUCUAAAUUAGCACAUCCUGGAGGUUUUCGCUGGAGCAAUGGAGGACUUGGAGGGGAGUUUCACCUUUGAAGAAGACCUGAAGGAUCUGGAUAAACAUACCAAUGAGCACCUGGACGCCGCAGAAAUCGCCUACAGGACCUGUAGAUUGGCGAGUACCAUUCACGGUUGCCUGCAUUUGUCCCACUUGGCGAAGGUGUCCAAAAACCAGACCUAUGUGGACUUGUUGAGCCUGCCGAAAAAGCACUACCUGGAGCAAACGAUGGUACCCGUCCUGGCCAAUGGGCUGGCGGUGAUAGCCAAAGACAGGCCCGUCCAGCCGGUGACUGCGCUUGCGCUGUUCCUCCUGAAGCACGGGAUGCUCUACGAGACGGACGUCGAGCGGAAAUUCGAGGUAAAGUUCGAUCAGGCCGGGAAGGGAACGAAGAACGACAAAUUGUCCAAGCAAUCCUCGUUUUAAUGAAGAUUCUUCGAAGAUAUUGGUUGUUUUCAUGUGGC